AUGCUAUCAGGAGGACGUUUCUGUUUUGGAGGAGAAAAAGCAGUUUUCAGCUGUGGUUUGUGCGCAUUCACCUCACUUAGAAUAUCAAGUCUUAAUUGUCAUGUGAAAACCCAUUCUGAUGAGAAACGUCAUGCAUGUCACCUCUGCCUUAAGCCUUUUUGUACAGCUUCUCUCCUGUAUAACCACGUGAAUGUACAUACAGGGACCAGAACCUAUAAAUGCAGUGCCUGUGACAUAGCGUUUGUGACCAGUGUUGAGCUUUCAUGGCACAGGCGUUACAAGCAUGCUUUAGAAAAUCCUUUCAAGUUAGUGUGUAAAUACUCUAGUGUAGAAGCAAGCAAAAUGAAACUACAUAUUUGCUCACAUACAGGAGAGUGUUCUUAUGCUUGUGACCUUUGCAGUUAUGCUAACAAAGAUGCAUAUAAACUGAAACGGCACAUGAUAACUCAUUCAGGUAGGACUCCCUAUGAAUGUUACGUUUGCCAGGACAAAUUCACUCAGAGUGGUACCAUGAAAAUCCAUAUGUUACAAAAGCAUGGCAAAAAUACGCCAAAAUACCAGUGUCCACAUUGUAGUACUUUUAUUGCGCAAAAAAGUGACCUGGGUGUCCACUUGCGAAAUCUGCAUUCCUACAUGGCAGUGGCAAUUAAAUACGGUUACUGUGAAGCUGUUUUUCAUGAGCGCUCUGCUCUUAUUCAGCACAAGAAGACUCAUAGAAAUGAGAAAAUAUUCAAAUGUAAGCAGUGUAGUUAUAUUUGUUUGCAAGAACGCCUAAUUUUACAUAAAUAAACCCAUACUGGUGAGAAGCUCUUCAUGAGCUGCAGCAAAAGCUUUCGACGGAAGCAGCUUCUCACUCUUCACUGGAAGAAGCACCAUGAUUCUAAUAUUAAGCCUACAGUUUAUGAGCACCUGAAAUAUGGUGAGGGCUACUCACUCUGGAAUAAUAUGCAUAAGCAUACUGAAAAUUGUGGGUUGGUGAGGGCAAAAACUGCUACACCCAGAAAAAGAAGCAAGGACAAAAAUGAAACCCAUGAGAACCUAAAGUGUGUUAAGCAAGAAAGUAAUCAGUGA